CCGAGGUUCCAGCUUAUUACACCACUGAAACAGUUGAAUACUACACCGAAGUAAUCAUGGGUGCUGAAUCGUUGAUGGCUGGAUUGACCACUGGUGUGCCGAUGUCUCCUGGAUAUGGCGGUUAUCAAACCACAACGACGGCGUCUGACUGCACGACAACAACAUAGGCAACGACCAGUUACUACACUGAGGCCUCCAAAAGCCCCGAAGUAUUAUUCUUCCCCGAGUUCCACCACCAAGUCAUCGGAGUAUUACACAACUACGUAUGCAGCGCCAGCUUACUACACCGUGGCUCCCAAGUACUACUUUGCUCUCAGCUACUGCACCGAGGCUCCAGCUUAUUACACCACUAAAAUAGUUGAAUACUACACCAAAGUAAUCAUGGUAAACAAUGGCCUGCUGCUGUUGGGUGUUGAAUCGUUGAUGACUGGAUUGACCACUGGUGUGCCGAUGUCUCCUGGAUAUGGCGGUUAUCAAACCACAACGCCGGCGUCUGACUGCACGACAACAACAUACGCAACGACCAGUUACUACACCGUCAAGUGUCCAGAUUAUUACAUUAUGCUCUCUCGAACUACUUACGCCAAAUCCCCGAAGUAUUAUUCUUCCUCGUGCUACACUACUAGAGGGUCGAGCACUCCGCCGAGGUUCCCAAAUAAUACACCACCAAGGCACCGGAGUACUGCACAACUGCAUAUCAUGGACUAGUCGUAUAAAAGGAGAUAAAAGGCGAAA